UUAAAAAAAAUUACUAUUAUUAAUUAUUUUUUAUUUUAGCAAUAUUAAGCACAUACCUAUUUAUUAAUCGAUUUAGUUUCGAGUGCGCAAUUAAGUUAGUUGUUUGUGUAACAAAUAUUAUCCAAAGAAUGACAAAAUCUCUAAUUGUAUGACGUAUUUUCGUUCAGUUUAUCGUCUGUUCACCACAAUGAGUAAACCUCAAGUUGUUUUCGUUCUUGGAGGCCCAGGUGCGGGUAAGGGUACGCAAUGUUCUAACAUAGUAUCCAAAUUUGGAUUUGUUCAUUUAUCUGCUGGUGACCUUUUGCGUGCUGAACGCAGUAAACCAGACAGUAUGUUUGGAGAAUUGAUUGACACUCACAUCAAAAACGGUACAAUUGUCCCAGUAGAAAUUACAUGUAAACUUAUUCAAAAUGCAAUGGAAGCAUCAGCAGCCAAUCGAUUUCUAAUUGAUGGAUUUCCACGAAAUAGAGAUAAUAUGGUUGGCUGGAAUACCACAAUUGGAGACCAAGUUGAUCUUUUAUUUGUGCUAUUCCUCGAAUGUCCUGAAAAUAUAUGUAUAGAACGAUGCAUGAAAAGAGGUGCUGCUGGAAGUGGUCGCGCUGAUGAUAAUUUAGAAAGUUUAAAAAAGAGGAUUGUCACAUUUGUAAAUGAUUCUAUGCCAAUUAUAGAAUAUUUUAAAGAAAAAAACUUGGUGAAAAGAGUUGAAGCAGGAAAAAAUGUUGAAGAUGUAUGGUCCGAUAUUAUUGAAAUAUUCAAAAACAUUUGAAUAGAGAAACAAAUUAUUCAUUUAACUUAUUAGACAAUUUCCUAAAUAUGAUAGAUUAAAUUAAUUGUAUUCUUGCAUUAUCCCAACAAAAGUAAUUAUUUUAUAAUAUUAUGUAUAC